UUUAUUUCGAUGAAGUUUAACAUGUUCUUGGAUUUCCUGGGACUCCAAAGGGAUCCUGCAAGCUUUUCUCCAGAAAUGGGAAGGCUUUGUCCUCCAUCACCCUUCUCAUAAUACUUGUUAGUUCUUUCCUCUUGGUAAGCCAUUUCUACUCCAUCAAACCAAUAGUCACUGAUUUUGUAAUGAAGGCAAGCUUCAUGGCAGCUACAAGUCCUGGAGGCGCUGGAUUCUCCCAUCUUCUAACUGCUGCCCAGUUCGACUUCCGAUUAUUUUUCGGAGUAGAAUGGAUUUUCAUGUUGACAAUGUCUAUUACGUCGUUGUUUUUUGCAACAGCCUCAAUCUUAGCAUCAGCAGUUUCGUACUGUGGAAAGACUUGUGCAUCAAGGAACUUCUACCAAAGGCAUUGAAAUCGUUGAAAAGACCAAUUGUUACAUGGUUCUUCAUAACAAUGCUUGAUUUAGGCUACUUUUCGAUUCUCCUUGCAUUUGUUCUUCCUUUGGUGCUUAUUUUCAAUCUUAAGCUCACUGUAUCUGCUUUCACUAUAAUCCCAUGCCUUUUAGCUCUAGUUGUCCGAACUUAUCUAGCUGUUGUUUGGAAUUUAGCAUUAGUUGUUUCAAUACUAGAAGAGAAAUGUGGCAUUGAGGCACUUGGAAAAGCUGGACAGCUUAUUAAGGGAUCAAAGCUACGAGGGUUUUUUCUCAAUCUUGUUUUGGCCACCUCCUCAUUGGUGUUAUUUGUUUUGUAUACAACUCUUGCCAAAGCUGUACCAGUAAAAGCCGUGAUUGUUCCAUUGCUCCUCUUCAACUCUGUCUUCUGCCUCGUAACUAUGGUGUCACGAAUGGCAUACACAGUCCUGUACUAUGAGUCCAAGGCGACUCAUGUAGAAGAGCUUGAACUUCAUGGAAGCUCGGAAUAUACUAAGGUCUCCUCUUCUGCUACCCCUCUUAUCAAUGAAGAUGUAGUUUGACGAAGACGAUCACUUUCUGUUAUAUACCAAUGUUUUUGCUUCUGUAGUAACUUUGUAAGCACAUCUACAGUUCUUGCCAUGCAGUCCAUGCUUGGGGUUUAUAAUGUAAUAUUGUAAUUAAACCUU